AUGUUCUGCUGCCGAAGGGAGUCCUUCAUCCUCCUCUUCCUCCUGAGUGUGAUGGUUGGGACGUCUCCAGCUGUCGGUCAAUCCAAUGAGUCCACUGAACCCAUGUGUUUUGACUGGGGGGAGUCCAGCAGGGGAUCUGUCUCCGUCCUGGAGGGGGAGGCAGGUUGGAUCUCUUGUCCUCUGUUUUCUCACCCGUCCGUCUACAACUACUCGUCCACCCAGAGCGCCGGACACAACCUGUUCUGGUACCGCCUCCUGGAGGGCCAGGACCUGGAGCAGCCGAUCGCCUACAGCUCACGCUUCAGCAGAGACAAAGACCGGCUGUGGCUGCAGCCCGCUGCCGCCAUCGACACGGGCCAGUACAUCUGCAUGCUGCGGAACAAGUCAUCCUGCAGUAAGAUCGCCAUACGUCUGGAGGUCCUGCGGCGGGACGAGGCGCUGCGCUCCUCCGACUGCCAGCCUCCAGUCGCCGUGGCAACCACUCAGCAGUUGAUCCCCCUGCAGGAGGGGACGACGCUGGACUGUCCAGACCUACAGGACGCUGCCAGCAUGUCCAACAGCACCCCAACCGUCACCUGGUACCACUCAAGACGACCGACCGAGUGUUCCACGAACCCGCUCUGGGACUCGACGUUUCAACAGCGAGGACCCAGCCUCCAGAUCCACAUCAUGCUGGACUUGUUUCAGGGUCUUUAUUUCUGUGUGGUCCAGUACCAGCGGAGAGGCCGGACCAUGAACUUCACUCGGAGCAUCAACGUCUCUGCCGUCUAUCCUACUGCCGUGUCCAAAGUCCCCAUCAUCCUCCACCCGACCAAAGACAAGGUCUUCACUGUCAGAACAAACUCAGAGGUCCGCCUGGUCUGCAGGGGUCUGCUACCUCUGGUCCUGCAGAACCCAUCACGGGAGAUUUGGUGGACGGUGGACGGGAAGACGGUGAGCGAAAUGUCCAACGACCGGUUCUCUCAGAAGAACAGCCUGGUGAAGUACGACUACGGAGACGUGACGGAGGAGAGCGUCCUGCUGAUCAGAGACUUUCAGUCUGAAGAUCUGAACCGGGAGCUGAACUGUUCUGUGAGGAACCAGCAGGGCUUCAUGACCCACAGAGCUCAGCUGGAGGAGGAAGAGUCCCUGCCCUCCGUGGAGCUGGGCUGUGGUCUCGGGAUCACCCUGGUCCUGAUGUUGCUUCUCUUCGUGGUCUAUCACGUCUUCUGGUUGGAGCUGCUGCUGCUGUACCGCUCCUGGUUCGGCUCUGACGAGCGGCACACAGAUGAUAAGGAGUACGACGUGUACAUCUCGUACGCCAGGAACAGCGAGGAGGAGCAGUUUGUUCUGUCCACGCUGCGCAGCGUGCUGGAGAACGAGCUCGGGUACUCCGUGUGCAUCUUCGACAGAGACAGCCUGCCUGGUGGGACCAUUACAGAUGAGACUCUGAGCUUCGUGGCUCGGAGCCGGCGCCUCCUGGUGGUCAUCAGUCCAGGCUACGCCUCGCAGGGCUCCCAGGCUCUGCUGGAGUUGAAGGCCGGUAUCGACGGCAUGGUGCUGGGCGGACACCUGCGGGUCAUCCUGAUCCAAUACAAACCGGUCCAGAGGCAGGUCUGGGUCAGGGAGUUAAGGAGGGCCCGGAUGGCUCUGGUGCUGGUCCAGUGGCAGGGGGACAAGUCCAAAGAGCUGACAUCCCGUUUUUGGAAGAGGCUAAGGUUGGAGCUACCUGUGAGGAAGGUCAGGAGCAGGGAGGAGGCAGCCCUGAUGAGGCUCCACAGUCAGAACAGCACAAACUCCCAAACCGGACUCAUCAGCAACACAAUGAAAGACCCGCUGAAGGUCUUCAACUCUGCUGUGUAG